AUGGCGGGAGCGAAGAAGCCAGUCAAUAUCUUCCGUCUGAAGAACCUAGGAGAUCCCAAGGAGAUCUUCAACUGGAGACUCUGGUUCGCUGUUAUCUCGUUUGGAUUGAUGGGAGCAGCCCGAGGUGUUGACGAAGGCUUAAUCUCCGGCGCAUUCAACUCGAAGGACUUUCAACGAUACAUCCAUUACAGCUCGUACAGCAAGGUCGAGCAGACAAACAUCAAGGCAAAUGUUUCUUCUAUGGUUCAGAUUGGAUCAGUCGGAGGAGCUCUCUUUGCAUUUCUAGUCUGUGAUAGAAUUGGUCGUACUUGGGCUACCCGUCAGCUCUGCAUCUUAUGGAUCCUGGGAAUCGCAAUCUUCAUGGGAAAUGGCGGAAACUUGGGUGCGGUGUAUGCAGGUCGAUUCAUUGCUGGCCUCGGCGUCGGUCAGACUGUCGUUGUUGCACCAGUCUACUUGGCGGAAAUCGCACCAGCAUCCAUUCGAGGACUAUGUACUUGCGUCUUCACUGGCUUCGUUUACCUUGGAAUUGUUCUCGCAUACUUCGCCAAUUACGGAUGCCAAGUCAACAUCGGUGAUACUACACACAAGAGAUGGGAAAUCCCUACCAGCCUUCAUAUCAUGUUUGCCGGAUUGAUCUUCAUCUUAUCAUUCCUCCAGUACGAAUCACCUCGAUACCUCAUCAAGCGAGGCCAGACAGAGAAAGCCUUGUCAAAUUUGUCACGGAUUCGCAAUCUACCAAUCGAUCACGAUUAUGUUGUUCGCGAGUUUACGGAUAUCGAAGCCGCACACCAGGCUGAAAUGGAAGCUACCAUGGGCUCUGGACCUAUGGGUAUCAUCAAAGAGACCUUCCUGAUGCCAUCAAACCUGUAUCGCGUUUAUCUCACCAUGAUGGCUCAAAUCCUUUCGCAAUGGUCCGGUGCCGGCUCAAUCACAGUCUACGCUACUGAUCUUUUCACUUUGCUGGGAAUCUCGGGGAACAAUGAAAAUCUUCUGGUAACAGCAAUCUUUGGAAUCGUCAAACUGGUCGCUGCUAUCAUCUGUGCUCUCUUCUUAGUUGAUGUCAUCGGGCGCAAGAGAGCAUUACUCCUCGGCAUUACUCUCCAAGCAAUUUCGAUGAUCUAUGUCGCCGGCUUUCUGUCAGCUGUACCAGAGAUGGGAAUCGUGGAUAGCUACACACUGCCAGAUAACAAGAAAGGAGCUAGUAAGGGCGCAAUUGCUAUGAUCUACAUUUCUGGAGCUGGCUGGGCUCUUGGCUGGAACUCUAUGCAGUACCUUCUUACAGCCGAACUGUUUCCCUUGCGCAUUCGUGCUCUGGCUACAUCUCUUGCCAUGACUCUGCACUUUGCUAACCAGUAUGGAAACUCGCGAGCAGUCCCAAAUAUGCUUCUGUCGACUGCUAGUGGCGGAAUUACUCCUAAGGGCACGUUCUGGUUUUUCAGUGCAGUCACAGUUAUCGGUGGGAUCUGGGUGUGGUUCAGUGUUCCGGAAACUGCUGGUCGCUCUUUGGAGAGUAUGGAUCAUUUGUUCGCUCUACCUUGGUAUCGUAUUGGUCGACACGGUAACCAAGAUGCCGAUGAGCGUGAUCAGGCAAUGGAUGCUAAAAUGGAGAUGGUCGGCACAAGCGAGCAUGUUGAGAGGCAAGGUGCACCAGCUACUGUCUAG